AUGCAGACGUUGGUGGAAGGCCAAACGCUAUUGCACGACGGUCGCUACCGAUUCCUGCGCCGCAUCGGCAGCGGCACUUUCGCCGUCAUCAUGCGGUGCGUAGCUCUGGACGUGCAGCAGCAUUGCCACGUGGCCAUCAAGUGUGUGCGGCAGCUAGAACUCAACGCACUUGGCGAGCGCGAAGCUGCAGCGCUGCGGCAAGUCAACGACCAGGACGUGGACGACUGCUGUGCCGUGGUGCGUUUGUUGGAGACGUUCGAAGAGCAGGGACACUUCUGUCUUGUAUUGGAGCUGCUUGGACCUCCUGUACUGGACGUGGGGCUCUGGGGUCCGUGGCGUCAGGCCCCUGGAGCAGCUCGAGCCCCUGAUUGGACACAGCAGCUCUUCAAACGCAAGCAGAGGCGCUCAUCGCUGCCUCCCUCUGAUUCCACCAGCAUCCAGUUGUUUGAAGCACAGAAGAAACAAGAGACGGACGCUGCCAUAUUAUUAACGCCUUCGUUGCCGUUAGUGGAGGUGCGACAGAUGGCCGUGCAUCUCUGUGGAGCUCUAGCUUUCCUCCACGACCAAGGACUUAUCCACGCAGACGUCAAACCUGAGAAUGUGGUGCGCUCGAAUGCAGAGGCUCCGGUGGGGUCAUCAACUUCCCAGUCGCCCUGCUCAUCGCCAGUGAAGCUCGUGGACUUUGGGAACUGCCUGGAUGCGAGUGAAUUGGCAGCCUACGCUGAAGAACAGACAAGUGAAGGCUUCGACGUGCAGACCGUCACGUAUCGAGCUCCUGAGGUGGCUGCAGGACUUUUACUUUGCUCUGCUAUGGAUAUGUGGUCCCUAGGCUGUCUGUUGCUCGAGUGCGUCUCUGGCAAACCUUUGUUCACACUGCCAGCUCUGGAUGCGUCAGUGCAGCAGCGCUCCAACGUCACGAAGGUCGAGAAUGAUCAUCUUUUGGAGCAGAUUGAAGAUACCGUGACAAAUGGAGUCCCGCUGAGCUCAGCGUGUGCCCCGUAUCUGUCUGCUGCUCGGUAUCAAGAGAAGACCGAUAAUCACCGGAAGCAGACGAUAUCGACGUCUCUGAAGACUCGUUUGGAAGCGGCAGCUCCGGGGAAUCCGCACUUCCAGGACUUCAUCUGCAGUCUACUGGAUGUAAACCCGGCCACGAGGGUCACAGCCAAGCAGGCGCUAUUCCACCCUUUCCUGCAAGAUUUCUUCCCAUUCCGAACGGUAUUUGCUCAGAUUAACACUGAAGUCGACAGACAGCACGAGCCUGUUGGUGUCGUUUUCUCCGCAGGCUCGAAGAGAAAGGCGAAGCGACCCAGAGCAUGCGACGUGGAGGCCGAAAUUCGAGUAAGGAAGACGAAAACGAUAGAACGAGCAGCUUCAGCUCGCAGUAAGGACUUGCGCCAGAUACUCAAACUCAUCCCACGCGACGAGCCUGACCGCUCUUCGCUAUCGCCGCGCUGA